UUACCGACGAAUCAGACUCCGUCGGUAUUUACCGAGAACUUAGUUCGUCGGAAUCUUCGGAGGAUCCGUCUCCGUCGGUAUAUAGUUUUUCCGAUGAACUCUAGUCUCGUGUGUCCGCAUCGGAAUAUUGUCGGAAGUUCGUCAGAAUGUUAUUUCUCGGUAUUCGUCAGAAAGUCGUCGGAAAUUCUGACGAAAUUCCGACGAAUUCUUUUUUUCCGACGAAAUGAUACCGACGAACGCCUUCGUCAGAAAUGCGUCGGAAUAGGCCUUUUCCGACGAACUUCCGACGAUUUUGGCCAUCAGAAUCUCUUUGUUUUCUUGUAGUGUAAUAUGAGUAAUGUCAUGUUCGAGAGAUAUAAUUAAGGAAACAAUAAAACGAAACAUCAUGCUGGAUUGUCAGUAAUUAGUUUAUGUGAAAAAAGAUUUGUUGAUAAAGACAAGUCCUAAUUUCUCAAGAAGACGUAAGAACUCAAGAAUGAUAUUAGUAUAAACAUAACGUAGUAUAAAUUUUUAAAUGUCGCAUUUAAUCUUAUAGAAUGUAAAAACGAGUAUUUCAUUUUUGAUUUUAGAAACCUAGCAUCCCUACCUAAAUUUGUUUUCUGGACGAAUAUACACUAAUGUUCAGCCAAUUAGUCUUAUUUGUAUAUCAAUAAAUAUUGUUAUGUAUAUAUACACAUCCGCAUGAACUAGUACACUUUGAAAAAGAAUACUCCUUGCUUGAACAUUUUUGGCCAAAAAAAACGGAAUAGAAUCCAUUUUCUGAAUGUCUAAUACUUUACGGUCUAUAUAAAAACUAGUAUCUCUGAUCUUGAUUGUCCCAACAAAAAGUUAACCAACACUGAAAGUAAUAGGAAACCUGCUAAUCUUAACUCUUACGUACAUCAAUUAACAUUAAAAAUAAUAGUAGUUGAUAUUUUUCUAUUGUUCUCAAGAUAAAAGUUGAUAUACUGUAUAUUUAGCGCAGAAAAGGGGGAAGAACCAAAAUUCCUCCACAGGCGUAGCCUUUCAUAAAACGUGACACAAUACUAUAUGAUAUGAUGUUGACCAACACAUGUCUCUCUAUUAAAAAAUGAAUUAAAGGAUUUAUAUAUGGCAAAAAGGACUCGAACUGGACCAACCUAUUUUUUCGCUUUGCGUAUGCAAGGGGAUAUAUUUAAAACAAGGAUACCGAUUAUACCUAAAAGUUAGCACAUGCUUGUGAAACGAGGACUUACGGCACGUGGGGUAAAUAAUAAACAUGACUGUCUCUUUGUCAGUCAUCACCGCGUUACCACGUAAUCAUCUUCCUCAACGCGCAGACAACCUAAGACCUUCUUCUUCAAAUUCUCGAACUCUACUUAUCAUACACAAAUAUAAAUACACUAACAAGUCGCAAUUCUCACUAUAACUGUCAAUUCCAGAAAAACACCUGGAUUAGUACACGAAAACCAUAAUAGCCAAAAUAUAUACACAAACACACUCAUCUAACCCUGUCCAUUUUAUUUGUAUAGAGAGAUAUGGAUGCAUCACCCAAGUACACAGGUGUAAGGAAGAGGAAGUGGGGAAAAUGGGUGGCCGAGAUUCGUCUCCCAAACAGCCGUGAGAGGAUCUGGCUCGGCUCCUUCGACUCUGCAGAGAAAGCUGCCCGUGCUUUCGACGCCGCUCUUUACUGUCUCCGCGGCUCCGGAGCGCGAUUCAACUUUCCGGAUAAUCCGCCGGAGAUACCCGGUGGACGUUCCCUAACGCCGCAGGAGAUUCAGGUGGCAGCUAACCGUUUCGCCAGCGAGGAACUGUUACCACCACCACCACGACAACAAGGAUCACCGUCGCCUCGUGGUGAUAAGUCGGAAGAAAGAGGAGGAAUUUUGGCACGUGGGGAAACUAAUGUUGGUGGGCCAACGUUAGGAGAAGUUGGUGAAUAUAAUAAUUACAACAGCGAGAAUAAUAGCAAUGGUAAUGAUACGACAACGUAUUGGCCGUUUCUAUGGGAUGAGAAUCUUCUGGUUUCUAGUAUGUCGGAAGAGUUGGGUACCUUCUACAUGGAGGAUUCGUUACAGCAACAUGAACAGGAGCUCUCAUCUGAUUUUUACUACGAUGGAGCUUAUGUUGUUGAAGAUGAUUUCUCUCAUUACAAUAUUAACCUUUGGAAUUUCUGAGAUCCAUAUUUUUAGUAGUGAUCUUGGACCGAAUAUUCCAUCAUUACUGAAGGUGAAUCAUUAAGCUACUAGCCUCUUAUUAGGUUCGUAUAUUAGAUUAGUAGCUAGAAUUCAUCUUCUUAAUCUUUUUAUUUCAUUUAUUAAAUUUCUAUACAAAUAUAUUUCAUAUGUUUUUUGUGCUU